GGACAACAGAGAACAGACGAGGCACGGAUUUCAACUUUCUGCUGCUUUCAGAGACCGGUUCGAAGCGAUUGGAAACAGUCCAGCUUCUUCAGUUAUUUCUUUGUUUCGCACGAGUUAAGUGUACUUAAGGCAAAGUAGCUGCUGCAAGCUCACCGGAAAACGUCCUCUAUCUGGUAGACGGUGUUGUGUAUUUGACUUUCGAAAAGAAGAAAAAAACGAAGUGACGGAACCGGAAGUACUGUAUGUGCGUGUAAAAAGUUUCGACUAUCGUCGGUAGAUGCUAGCUUGUGCUUUUAACAGAACGCGAAACGUGGAUUAACGGAGCUCUGCGCGUGAAAUAGUGAAACACCAAGAAAGAAAAAAUAAGCCUGAGAGUUCCUUGCCCGCACGGAGGAAUAUAGCCGGACCCACAGGCACAUACAGGAAACGAGUAAUCGAAAAAAUCAACAAAAUGACCGAAGCAGUUGAAGUCGAGCAAAUCAUCGAAAGCAAGCCAAGAAAGAUGGCUCUACCCACCUCCCUGGACAAGGACGCCAUUCGGGAAGCGUACGAGGACGUCCGAUCCAACCUGACCGACAACGAGUGGGCGGUGUUCAAAUUUGACGGUCUCAAAAUCAUCUGCUUCGCGAAGGGAAUCGGCUUCGACGAGUUCUGUGCGCAUUUCAACGACGACGAGCGAGCUUUCGGCUACAUACGGAUACAGAUGGGCGACGAGAUGUCCAAGCGAAGCAAGUUUAUGUUCCUCACCUGGAUCGGCCCGGAAGUGGGUGUGAUGCAGCGAGCCAAGAUGUCGACAGACAAGUCAAUCAUUAAGGAUGUGAUCAAUAAUUUUGCCGUUGAGCUGCAGGUUGAGUCGAGCAACGAUUUGGAUCUGGAGAUGUUCAAGGAACACCUGAACAAGGCCGGUGGUGCAAACUACGGAACCGGCGUGCGCGAACUAUAGACCAUAAACUUUACUGCGCAUAAGGCAUUCAGGCCCCACAGGAUAUACUAGGGAUCGCAUCUUUAUAAAUAUAAGCAUACCAACGUUAAGGUCUUCCCCGCUACUACCCUCGUUGCAAUAUGAAGUAAUAUUCAAUUCAAAUGCCAGAAUGCGUAUCGUAUGCAAUCAAUUCAACUUAAAUCCUGAAGGCCUCUGUUUGUGUGUAUUAUUUCCGUAAAACAAUUCUUUAUUUAUCAAAAUUGUGAUUUUGGAAAACUCUACAGUUUUUUGACCAUUGUAUAAGCAUCCACUAAAUCAUAACUAUUUAAUGAAUACAUAAGAAUAAAAAACACAAUGAUAACCUAAUGCGUAAACAUCAAAACAAAUAUCGGAUGCAAUCUGCAAUAUUAUCAUAUAAAUUGGAGUGUAGUUGUUAAGUUUAUGCAAGAAAAGGAAACCCUAACGCGACGCGACGAAACAACAAAUUGACGAUUAUAAUAGUUAACACUCAGUGGAAGCGCGAACGAAAGCAGCGCAUCGAAGCGAUCAUGUUAGUACCGAAAUCAGAUUUCUUUUUUGAGCUAUUUUUUAUCAAUUGUAUAAAAUAAAUAAAAAAGGAAACCUAUUCUGUAGAAGACAAGUGUAGAAUGCCGCAAUUUUGGCAGAACAAAUAUACCCCAAGAACUU